AUGGAAGCCCUCCUGAAGAAUCAUCCUCCUUGGAACUCUCUUCCUACCACUUUCCCGCGAUCGCAGACUGCUUCUUCUCUUCGCGACAGCUCAUGCCCUUCCGACGAUGUCUCUGACAUAUCUAUGGGUACAAUCAACACAGCCCUUACGAACAUAUCAUCUACAUUGCCCAAUUUCGGCAUCCCAAUACCUCACACUCCUAAGCAGCAUUUUAAGUUUCAAAACUCAGUCCAUAAUCUCAAUGGCACGGACUUUGGUUACGAAUCAGACGACUCUAGAGUAGAGGCUACCGAACAUGUGGAGUUCAGCGAGCAUGCCUUUCAAUAUCCAGAAGAUUCUUUCCAAGGCGAUGAAAUUUUUGCAUUUGAGGAUUAUUCCUACGACCACUUAGAGAGCGCAACUUCGCCAUAUGAUCCCUGUGACACCGCCUCUGAAUUUGAUGAAUUCGAAGAUUUUGAUGACAUUGAUGGAGCGCUUGAUGGUUACGCCGACGAUCUGCAAUUCGAUGAUUCUCACAUUGCAUUUGAGAACUUUGUGCGCUUUGACGCAGAUGUUUCAUACAUCGAUGCUGUUGAGCUUCCCGAUGAAGAUGUCAACGAAGAUACGGUAGAAGUUCCUCAGAUGACACUACAUGAGAUGAUGCUACUUGCCGACAGACACCGAGGGCUUGCUACUCAUGAAAAUCACGACGACAAUGACGAAGAUUAUGUCAAUGAAGAGACAUCCAUUGCAAAUGUGAUUAUCGAACAGCUUGCGAAAGAUUAUCCUCGCGACAUGCUGGAAGUUGAUAGACAACUUUUUAUCGCCUUCGUCAAUGGUAUCCAUGGAGACACGAGGCGAAAAUAUCAGUCAUGUCUUCAUGAUCGCGUACAAGGCUUCCGAGAAGGCCGCUUCUUGUCGCCUUUUUUCGAAGGAGAAACAGACUCGGCAGGUUGCUUUUUCCUCGACGAAGCACUCAAGCAUGUCAUUGGCAUGUUUCGCCACAUUGUCUUGCGCGAGGAGUUUGAUGAGCUUGUUCGCCUCGCCCAGGCCUCACGAGCCCAGAAAGAAAUGCCUACAUGGUUGCAGAUGCAGUCGUCCAGUUUCUUAGACAGAAUCGAACGUCUUUUGUCAGAGCGCCUACUAGAGGGAAUAGACAGCAUCGGCAAAGAUGAACUUGGCUUCUUUGCGGACGGUGUUGUGUACGCACUGGAACACCCGAAGAUAUACAUGUACGACGGCACAUCUAUUCCGCCGCCUGACGAAGAUACCUUGGCCAAGGUGCCUGAGGGAAAUGAAGGGGUUGAGGAAAAGCAACCAGCAGAAUUGGCAAUGGUGUAA